UUUUAAAUCGCAGGUAGUUGCAUGAAUAUAGGUAGUCACGUGAUCUCCUAUCCAGGAAGAGCUUAACAUGACGUAUAAGCUAGACUUAAAGGUACAGCAUACUGACACUUACAAAUAAGUGGAAGCGAGACCGGGACCGGUUUCUGAACCACAGACGACAAUCGAGAGGACUAACCACAGCCAUUACAGACGACAAUUAAAAGUACUAACCGGGAGAAGGGUGGAACUAGACACCGACAGCAUGCCGGUAGAAAUUAAAUGUCGGGAGGACAUCAUUAAGCUUCCUGACAUUGCCUCAUUGCGUUCAUUAAAAAAACAAUGGAAUGUGGAAAACGAUGGACGACCACUUAAAGACCGUGAGGACUAUGUACGACUGUUGCUGGAUUUUUUUGAUCGAAAAGGCCCGGGUGUUACUUCUAACCCACAGCCCGUCCCAGACCCAAACGCUGGAUUGACAGAAGCCAUUCAAUUGGACACUCGGAAUAGAGAGAAAUUACAGGAAAUAUAUGAUGAAAUAUUGCGAUACUACGGAGGGCUUCCGCCUCAGUACCAGAAGAACCUUAACUCCGCCUAUCCUGACCUUGUGAACUAUAUAGCAGCACGGAGAAAAGAACUAGAUUCUAGGGAGCUGGUCAUUCUUGUGGCAGGUGAUACAGGCGCUGGUAAAUCCAGUUUCAUCAAUCUUCUUCUGGAAACAGACGUACUUCCGGUUUCCGCCAUCGAAGCAACGCAAACUAUUUGCGAGUUAAGGAAGUCCAGAAAUGGCGAGAGAGAGGCAAUUUGUUACUACAAACCUGGAAACACAAAGAAGCGCAGACCCCCCGAUAUCAUCAAGAUUGACAGUGCUCCUGGCAUCGAAGAUUUGAAAAACCGAAUUAAACAUAAAGAUCCUAAGGAUGAUGACAAUCCCUUUGAUCGAAUAGAAAUAUACAUGCCUUUCCAAAUGUUAGAGGAGGGCGUUGUGAUUGUGGACAGUCCUGGGUUUGGAGAACACGGACGGAAGAGCAGUCAGGUUGAACGAUAUCUAGCUAAAUCCUUUGGCGCCAUUUAUGUUGUCAAUACCGCGUCAGCAGGGGGAGUUAACUCAGGACGAUUAAGGGACUUUCUUCGUUUUGUUGUGAACUCAGCGGGAGACGAUUAUAACCCGGCAGCAACCAUAUUUAUCGGAAACAAAACCGAUUCCGUGGAUGCCAGGGAUCUGAAGGAGGUCAAGGACACGACUACGUACAAACUUAAACAGUGUUAUCCUGGACUGAAAGACAGCAACAUAUUCUUUAUGUCAGUCAGUGAAGCUUUGCAAAAUGUCGCCUUCAAAACUAGAACGGAAGAUCACCAGAAAGUGUUGGUUCAGGGUAUACAGAAAUUGUUUCCAGCGAGCCUUAGGAACAAACUUAAUAGCCAUUACAGGUUUCAGUCACAGAUAUUGAAACGAUCUCUGGUCUCUUUAAAAGUGGCGAGAACAUUGGCUGCAACCGGAAGAGAAAAACAGGAAAACGAAAUUGAGGACAUUCAAAGGCGGAUGAAACAUCUGGAACAAAAUGCCAAGGCCACCAUCCAAAACCUAAAAACGGAUAUCAGAUACGAAGAGGAGCAGCUGUAUGGAGAUCUAGCGUCCUCACUACGCAGUAGAAGCUUUACCGAGAAGGUCUUCAACAUCCAGGAAAAUCAAUGUGUCGGCUCAUCAAAGGAUUGGAAGAAAGUGGCUAGAGAUGCCAAUGACGUCAUUGGUAACAUCAUAGCAAAGGAGGUAGAUGAAUGGGAAUUUGACAACAAACGUGUAGAUGGAAUAAAAGCGAGGAUUUUGGAGAAGUUUACCAGAGAGUGCCAGGUGUAUGAGGACCAACUUAAAGAAAUUGAGAGUGCACUUCUUGACGGCGAUGUGAGGGUGAUCAAAGAUUUGCACAAGUCAAUGAGAAAACAAGCACCUGUCCGACAAAUCUGGGCAAAAGCGAAAGAAACUAAAUCUACCGGAGGCGAUAAGCUAAACAGUCUAGGGGCUAUGGUUAGCAGUGCGGGGGGUCUGUCACCCAGCGACAAGCGCGUUAGAGACAUCUGCAAAGGAUACGCUGCUAAGAAUGCACGCCAGGGCAUGAUGUCACUGGUUUCCAUUUUCAUUGAAAACAUUUUUGAUGGAGAUGACUUGAGGAUCAAGAUCAGUAAAUUUGUCGGACGUUUUGCAAAAGGUGUAGAUACAGUUGCGAAAAAGAUCCCUGAUUUCGUCGCUGCUGAUAAAGAAUUGAUAAAAAAUAUCCAAGAGGAUCUCCAACACGCCGAGUACAAUUUGAGGGAAGUUUUCCCAAAGUUUCUGAGUAUGGGUACAAAGCUCCAAGGACAACUGGACGUUUUUUAUGUUAAAAAAAUAAUGGAAAUGGACUAUCGGUUACGAGACUUGGAAUACAACCAAACAGAAGAUCUGAUGGGGAGCGGAUCUUUUGCAGAUGUUUUCAAAGGGAAAAUGGUCUGCUAUCGGCCACCUGUAACUAUUGCACUAAAAAUAGGGAAAGACUAUUUACAAGAAAACAAUAUAUCUGAUGUACUUUUAGAGGAUCGCACAAUGAGAGAGUUGGAUCAUAAGAAUAUCGUCCAUUAUUUUGGAGCCACUUUGCGCGAGGACAAAGUGAGAGGAAAGGGACGUCUGUUUUGGAUCAUGGUCUUGGAAUUCUGCUCAGGGACUUUAAAAGAGAAAGUCAUCAGUGACAACUAUGACAAUCCAGCCAAAGUCGGAACGAUAUACUCUGUACAGGUGGAUCAAAUGGAAGAUAUGGCCAAAAUGGUGAUCGAGAUCUGUGAAGGCCUGCGAUACUUACACAACAAAGAUCUGGUCCAUAGAGAUCUAAAACUAGAGAACAUCUUGCUCGUAAAGGGACCGGACGGCAAAGAAAUCAUUAAGCUUACUGACGUAGGACUGACCAAACCCCAAAGAGAAAUAGCAGGGAGUAUUGUUGGUUCUCCAGCUUACAUGGCACCGGAAGUUCUACUUCAAACGGAAAUCCACAACCGGAAAGCAGAUAUCUUUAGUCUUGCCAUCAUUCUUUGGGAGAUGUGGUAUGGGAUAGACGCCGCGGAACACAUACAGUCACAGUUAUUUGGAACCCUAGAGAGCGCGGUAAAAGGUGGCCUGCGACCAUCUAUGACGAUGGAAUCCAAACCUCCACCCGACUGGAUGGCCUUGAUAAAGCGUUGUUGGGAAUACGAUCCUAAAAAGCGUCCAGAGGUUGACGGAGUUAUGAACCAUUUUGCUACCUUCUUAAAGCGCUAAUCUAUCUAGAUUCUCUUCUUUUUACAUUGAUGUAGGAGAAUGUUAAAAUUAGUCAUUUUGAUAUACGUAUAUUGUAAAUAGCUUAAAUUCAAAUUAUAAUUCUUUUAAUAAAAAGAAACAUAUAAAUUUGAAGAUAUGUUAGGAAUGACACAUACCUGCAUAAUAAAUAUUUCAAUAAG